UUGGCGGGGCCAGUUUCAUUUGCAGUGUGAACAUGGAAGCACCUCGCCAAGUACAACAGCAACUUCCUGCUCGAGGAAGAGGAGGAAGAAGAAGAGGAAGAGGAGGAGUGAGAAUGCGUGGAGGAAUAGGGGGAAGAGGCCGAGGAGCACGGAGGCACCAUGAUGUCCCAGAUGAAAUCCGGGCCACCCUUAUUGACCACGUCAUAAACCAUCGCCUCACAAUGGCAGAGGCAGGUCGCCGAGUGCAGCCUAAUGUGCCUCGGUCUACAGUCUCCUCCAUCAUCCAAACCUUUCGCAGGGAAAACAGGAUUGGACGACAGCCUCAAGUGGGUGGCAGAAGAAAACUUCUAAAUGAACAACAAGAACAAGAAAUAUGCAACAUGGUCAUUGCAAAUAAUGCCAUCACACUGAGACAGAUUCGUAAUGCAAUCCUGCUAGACAAUGUAAUGUUCCAAAAUAUAAACUCUAUCAGCAUCUCCACAAUAGACCGGGUAUUGAAGAAACAUCAGAUGACCAUGAAACAGAUUUACAGGGUACCAUUUGAGAGAAACUCUGACAGAGUGAAAGGGCUGCGGUACCAGUAUGUGCAUGUAAGUCAACUACUGGUUGUCUAUCAUUGUAACACUAUUACAGUAAGACAUGGUUACCACUGUUUUUGUUUUUGUUAUCCUUUUCACCUUCAGAAUCCAGCUUUGUGUGACUAG